UGCCGGCGGGGCUAUGGCCGCGGAGGAGGUGCUGCAGGGCGCGGACCACUACAAGAGCGAGAUCGAGCGGCUGACCCGGGAGCUCUCCGAGACGACCCACGAGAAGAUCCAGGCGGCGGAGUAUGGGCUGGUGGUGCUGGAGGAGAAGCUCACCCUCAAGCAGCAGUACGAUGAGCUGGAGGCGGAGUAUGACGGCCUCAAGCAGGAGCUGGAGCAGCUGAAGGAGGCUUUUGGACAGUCCUUCUCUGUUCACCGCAAAGUGGCCGAAGAUGGCGAAACACGGGAAGAGACGCUUCUGCAGGAGUCUGCGUCAAAGGAAGCCUACUACCUUGGCAAGAUUUUGGAGAUGCAGAACGAGCUCAAGCAGAGCAGGGCUGUGGUCACCAACGUUCAGGCAGAGAAUGAGAGGCUCACUGCCAUUGUCCAAGACUUGAAAGAGAAUAACGAAAUGGUGGAACUGCAGAGGAUACGAAUGAAAGAUGAGAUUCGAGAGUACAAGUUUCGAGAGGCGAGACUGCUGCAGGACUACACUGAGCUGGAAGAAGAAAACAUCACUUUACAGAAACUGGUGUCCACACUGAAACAGAAUCAAGUUGAAUACGAAGGCUUAAAGCAUGAGAUUAAACGAUUUGAGGAGGAGACAGUGUUGCUUAAUAGCCAGCUAGAAGAUGCCAUCCGGCUGAAGGAGAUUGCUGAGCAUCAGCUGGAGGAAGCUCUGGAAACCUUAAAAAAUGAAAGAGAGCAAAAGAACAAUCUGAGAAAGGAACUGUCCCAGUAUAUCAACCUCAAUGAUAGUAUGUAUAAUAACCAUAUUAAUAUAUCAGUAGAUGGGUUGAAGUUUUCAGAGGACGGGGGCGAGCCCAACAAUGACGACAAAAUGAACGGACACAUCCACGGGCCUCUUGUGAAACUCAACGGUGACUACAGAACUCCCACGAGUAGGAAAGGGGAAUCUCUGCACCCCGUCUCUGACCUCUUCAGUGAGCUCAACAUAUCAGAGAUACAGAAACUGAAGCAGCAGCUCAUGCAGGUGGAGCGAGAGAAGGCCAUUCUCCUGGCCAACCUCCAGGAGUCUCAGACGCAGCUGGAGCACACCAAGGGAGCCCUGACAGAGCAGCACGAGCGUGUGCACAGGCUCACGGAGCACGUCAACGCCAUGAGGGGGCUGCAGAGCAACAAGGAGCUGAAAGUUGAGCUUGACUGUGAGAAGGGCCGAGAUUCUGGUGAGGAAGCACACGACUAUGAAGUGGACAUCAAUGGCUUGGAGAUCCUAGAGUGUAAAUACAAAGUAGCUGUUACUGAGGUGAUAGACCUUAAAGCAGAAAUCAAGGCCUUAAAGGAGAAAUACAAUAAGUAUGUGGAAAACUACACCGAAGAGAAGGCCAAGUAUGAGAGCAGGAUCCAGACAUAUGAUGAGCAGGUGACAAGCCUGGAGAAGUCGACAAAGGAAAGCCAGGAAAAAAUGGUCCACAUGGAAAAGGAGUUACAAAGGAUGACAAGCAUAGCAAACGAAAACCACAAUACCCUUAACACUGCCCAGGAUGAGCUGGUGACGUUUAGCGAGGAGCUGGCUCAGCUCUACCACCACGUCUGCCUGUGCAACAACGAGACGCCCAACAGGGUCAUGUUGGACUAUUACAGGCAGAGCAGAGUCACCCGCAGCGGGAGCCUGAAGGGGCCGGAUGACCCUCGAGGUCUCCUUUCCCCACGACUUGCCAGGCGGGGGGUGGCAUCGCCCGUAGAAGCCAGGACCCCAACCGAGCAGGUGACGAAAGAGGCCACAGAGCCCGGCAAGGAACAGAGCCCGACAAAAACACCUUCCAUUUCACCUGUCAUCACAGCCCCUCCUUCCUCCCCUGUCUCUGACACCAGUGACAUCCGCAAAGAGCCCAUGAACAUCUACAACCUCAAUGCCAUAAUAAGGGACCAAAUCAAGCACUUGCAGAAGGCUGUGGAUCGGUCGCUGCAGCUGUCGCGCCAGCGGGCCGCGGCCCGCGAGCUGGCGCCCAUGAUCGACAAAGACAAGGAGGCCUUAAUGGAAGAGAUCCUGAAGCUGAAGUCGCUCCUGAGUACAAAGCGAGAGCAGAUCGCGACCUUGAGAGCGGUGCUGAAAGCCAACAAGCAGACAGCUGAAGUGGCGCUGGCCAAUUUGAAGAACAAAUACGAAAAUGAAAAAGCAAUGGUGACCGAGACCAUGACCAAACUACGGAAUGAACUAAAGGCUCUGAAAGAAGAUGCAGCAACCUUCUCAUCCUUGAGAGCAAUGUUUGCAACCAGGUGUGAUGAGUACGUCACACAGCUGGAUGAGAUGCAGAGGCAGCUGGCGGCUGCGGAGGAUGAGAAGAAGACCCUGAACUCUCUGCUGCGCAUGGCUAUCCAGCAAAAACUUGCCCUCACCCAGCGGCUGGAGGAUUUAGAGUUCGACCACGAGCAAUCCCGACGCAGCAAAGGCAAGCUGGGAAAGAGCAAGAUCGGCAGCCCUAAAGUAAGUGAGGAGGCAUCAGCCACCGUGCCAAGCAUAGACACUUUCCUCCUGCAUAGUCAGGGCCCACAGCAACCAAACUUACUGGUCAGCAGUGGCACUCAGAGGAAAAGACUAUUCUCACCUUCCCUUUGUGAUCAGAGCCAUCCCAGGACUUCAGGGACCUACCUCCAGAAAUUAUUAAGAGCCCCCCCUCAUCCCGCCUCCACAGAAUCAUAUCUUCUGAGGGGCCCCCCUUCCAUGAGUGAAUUCAUCCAUGGGCACCGUCUCAGCAAGGAAAAAAGGUUAACCGUGGCCAUACCAGGCAGCAGCAUCUGUCCAAAGCCCUUAAUACUGUCUAGAGCUUGUGCAGCCAGUGCCACAACCAGGCUUGUGGAGCAGAAUGCACGCAAUGAAGCGGCUCAGGGAAUAAAUGGAAGUGUGCCACUCAGAGAGUCCCCACGUUCAGCUUCAAGGCCAAAGCCACAAGUGCCUCCAAAGCCAAUUCAUCUCCAGAAGGCAACAUACCAAACCCCUAGGCAUAAAGCUUUAAUAAACCAGAAACCAAGAAUGGAGGAAGAGACACCUGCUGCUGUUCCUAGUGUCACAAAGGAAAAGUCCAGUAAAGUGUCAGAUCUCAUCAACCGUUUUGAGGGAGGCAGCUCACUGAAUCCUAGUGAUUUGAAGAAAGACUCCUCUGUUCUCCACAUUACUAAAUCUCAAGGAAGAUAUGGGUCCACACCAUCACCUCAGCCAAAACUCCCCUGCCAGCACUCACUACAGAAACAGGGAAACAGUAACACUGACAAAACUCAGGUUGCAGAGCUGCCCACGGCCAACGGCGUGGUAGCGCAAGACCAGCCGGAGGAUGAGGACGGGAGAUUGCCGGAGCGCGGCUCGGCCGUGCCCAGCCCAGCCCCAGAAGAUGCCAUGGACAGCAGCUUGGUGAACGGGGAAGGAGAAAGCACUCGCCGAGAGUCCUUGCAAAGUGUGACUGCCUGCGAGGAGCAGACGCUCAACAGCUGCCAUAGGACUCCGAGCAGUGACACGCUGCUCCCAUCCGAAAAUGAAACUCUAGAAAUUAAUUCUAAUGUCAAGGAAGAACCAGCUGAGGAAAGCACUAAACAUGAUCAACCUGUAGAAACAAAGGAGACAGAUGAGCAGAAACGUCACAAAAUUGCCAAUGAACUUCUGCAAACAGAAAAGGCCUACGUUAGCCGACUUGACCUCCUAGAUGGGGUAUUCUAUUCCAGACUCCUUGAGGAAGCCAACAGAGGUUCAUUUCCACCUGAAGUGAUUAAUAAAAUCUUUUCUAACAUUUCGUCAAUAAAUGCCUUCCACAGUAAAUUCUUACUUCCAGAACUUGAAAAAAGAAUGCAAGAAUGGGCUGACACCCCAAGGAUUGGAGAUAUUCUGCAAAAGUUGGCUCCUUUCCUCAAGAUGUACGGCGAGUACGUGAAGAAUUUUGAUAAUGCAAUGGAAUUGGUGAAAACAUGGACUGAACGGUCACCUCAGUUCAAAUUCAUUAUUCAAGACAUUCAGAAGGAAAAAGUGUGUGGAAAUUUGACAUUGCAACAUCACAUGCUAGAACCAGUCCAACGCAUUCCACGCUACGAGAUGCUUCUAAAGGACUACCUAAGGAAAUUGCCUCAGGAUUCCCUAGACUGGAAAGAUGCUGAAAAGUCCCUGGAAAUUAUAUCCACUGCAGCAAGUCACUCAAAUAGUGCAAUAAGAAAGAUGGAGAAUCUAAAGAAGUUGCUAGAAAUAUAUGAGAUGCUGGGAGAAGAGGAAGACAUCGUGAACCCUUCAAAUGAGCUGAUAAAAGAAGGACAGAUCCUUAAACUGGCUGCUCGUAACACAUCUGCUCAAGAGCGAUAUCUUUUCCUGUUUAACAAUAUGCUGCUCUACUGCGUCCCCAAAUUCAGCCUGGUAGGAUCCAAGUUCUCGGUUCGAACCAGAGUUGGCAUAGAUGGCAUGAAGAUCAUAGAAACUCAUAAUGAAGAAUAUCCACACACUUUCCAAGUGUCUGGAAAAGAGCGGACGCUGGAGUUGCAGGCCAGUUCUGAACAGGAUAAAGAAGAAUGGAUAAAGGCACUUCAGAGUACUAUUGAAGCUUUUCAGCAGAGGAAUGAAACUUUCAGAAAUGCGAUUGCUAAAGAAUAUGAGGACAUGCCUGUUGAAGUCUCUAAUGCUGAGCUCGGGAAGAGAGCGCCGAGGUGGAUCCGGGACAACGAAGUCACCAUGUGCAUGAAAUGCAAGGAACCCUUCAAUGCACUGACAAGGAGGAGGCACCACUGCCGAGCAUGUGGACACGUGGUUUGCUGGAAAUGUUCUGAUUACAAAGCACAUCUUGAAUAUGACGGCAAUAAAUUGAACAAAGUCUGUAAGGAUUGCUAUCAUGUUAUAAUUGGUUGUACAGACAGUGAAGAAAAGAAGAGGAAGGGCAUCUUGGAGAUUGAAUCUGCAGAAGUCUCUGGAAAUAGUGUCAUAUGUAGCUUUCUUCAGUACAUGGAGAAGUCGAAGCCCUGGCAGAAAGCAUGGUGUGUCAUACCCAAACAGGAGGCUCUUGUGCUCUACAUGUACGGUGCUCCACAGGAUGUUAAAGCCCUGGCUACAAUUCCUCUUCUGGGCUACGCAGUAGAUGACACUCCAAAAAGUGCUGACCUCCCCCAUAGCUUCAAACUGACCCAGUCCAAGUCCGUGCACAGCUUUGCUGCAGACAAUGAGGAACUGAAGCAGAAGUGGCUAAAAGUUAUCCAUUUAGCUGUCAAAGGUGAGACACCAGAAUGUCAAAAUGAACUGCAAGUGAAUUUAGAAGAGCAGCCUGAGUCUUCUAAAAGAUCUGAAUGCUGAAGCUCAAGAACACAUGGCAUUUUUAAAAGAUUUCAGUUGAAAUUGUGGUUAACCUUUGUGUUGACCUUUCUUUGCUCAAUCAAGAAAAAAAAAAAAAAAGUUCUUACCACCAUACACAUCUUGGCACUUUAUGUUUGGGAAAGAAUUCUGGUCUUUUUAGGGAUCUUUUUCUUAUAUUUAUGUUCUGUCAAUAAAAGUGAUGUACAGGUCCGUUUCAGAGACUUUUUAAAAAAAUGUGAAUGCUAUUAAAAAUACUUACUAACUUUACUGUACUACUUUCUGUUGUAAUGCAAUUUUUUUAAAUCCAGUUGCUCUUCAGUUAACAUUUGCUACUUUCAUUAAGAAUGCAAAUAUUUGAAGCUUCCUACUUAUGUGUUAGGACUUGCAACAGGAUAAAAGAUAUACCUCCACAUUGCCAAAACAGAUCUGUACUUAAAUAUGCAGGGACAGUUUGGUUUAAUGUAUGUAGUUUAUAUAUUGAUUUCCACAGUUCUGUACAUAUGUUGUAUUCACUUGUAUCUUUUUAAUUAAAGUAAUGCAAAUUGCUCUCACAGGUAUAUUGGCUUUUAAGGUUUCAAUUUAUUAAGGAAACAAUCUAAUAAUUUUCAAUCUAGAAAUAAAUACCUAAAAUAUGAGAAAACUAUAUAUAAUAUAUGUACAGUAUUAAAAAUGUACAAUACUUGAUUAUUGCUUUGAUUUCAUGAUACUGGAUUCUUAUUAGUGAAUAAUUUAUUUUAAAAACAAGCAUGUUUUCUAUUUGAAAUUAAACACAGUCCAAAAUUGAAAAAUACUGUUCAGUGAUUUGUUUUAAUAGCUGAGGCUUAAUGAACUUCAUAUUUUUAUGCAUCAAAAAAUUAGCACUAAUGUAAGUGGCAUGCAAUAGACAAAUGAGUUCCAGUUGUGUUUAAACAAGUAGUCCCUUUUCUUCAGUGUCCUAUCACUGUUAGCUUUUAAGAGUGCAGUAGUUCGUGGCUCAAAUGCAGUAUGUGGUUUAAGAAAAGCAACGGAUUCUAGUAACUUUCUGGGAAUGUGUAUUUUUGUUAUUAUGGUUAUUGGAGCAAAAAGAACAUUUUAACUUAAGUUUUUUGAUUUUUGUAGAUCAGGUAUUGUAAUGCUUAUUUAUGACAACAGUCUUCAAAUAUUAUUGUUUUAAAGUGGAGCCUGGUUUAUAAAAAAUUAGAAUGAAGUCUGAGCUUGCAAAUCUGAAAUUUUAUUAAUUUACAUUGUUUCCUGCUUCUGGGUAUAAAGACUCACUCGCUUUACAGUACUAAAUUGCUUAUGAACUUCCAUUCCUAUUAGGGUUUCUAUACAUAGAGGCAAAUGACUUCCCUGAAAUCUUUACUGUAAUAUCCUUGAAUGAAAUAUGGCAAACUCAGAGGUAGUGACUGACUAUCAAAACCAUUGCUGUCUUUUCCUUUUGAAACCCUUAAAGGAAGGAAUAUAUGUGACUUCUACAAUCAACCCGUCAUAAGAACAUUCAGGAAUCUUACUUCUCAAUAAAUCUGCAAUCUGUAUUUUAAGUCAUGUCAAGCUGAAGAGCUCAGGUUCAAUUUUGUUAGUAACAUGACAGAUUUAAAUUGUUGGGUUUUUAUAAUGAGUUUGCCAAGCAAACUAUCCACUCAACUCCUACUCCUGCUUUACUCUUUUUGCAACACUAUAGGGGGAAAAAAACCCAACCCAUUUUGCAUUUAGCAAGGGAUUAAUAUCUGUUUGUAGUGUCAAGCACACAUGAGUGUGCAGUGUCCAUCAUUCCUUCAUAAGAAUGUAAUGUAACUUAAUGUUAGUGGGAUGGAUUUUACUCUCACCUGCACAGAUCCAAGAUUACCAUAGCCUUCAGAUUCCACAGCUUUACACCAGUGUUAAUAAUGAUCAGGACAUGGGAUGGUGGAGUACUAACUCUCCAGCUGACUUGGUGCAUGUCAGUUCUGAAUUUUCUUCCUGGGGUGCUCCCUGUGUCCAGAUUAUUCUGUAUAUAAUCCUGGUAUUACUUUUAUCCAAUGUGCAAGCUCUUCUGUAAUUCUCUUAGAGAUUUUAAGUUACUUCUACUGGCAGCUGUGUUUACAUUUAGCAAUGGGCAGCUCAAACCUGUUUUGAUUCGUGUUGGUAAAUACCAUCAAAUUUUUGCCAAGGUAAUAUAAGAUCUCCCUAACUAAUAUAUGUCAUCUUACCUAUACCUUGGCAAGGGAUGUGGGAACAUUCAGGUAAGCAAGCAGAACUCUUGGUGGCUAUCCUCACAGCCAUCUCCCAAGAGUGGGUAUCUUCCACAAGAGCCUCAAGUGCAAUUGUGGUAUGUGGUAUGGGGUAUGUGGAGGGUUGUCCCAGUGUAUAAAACCAGUUUCCCAUGGUCAAGGUGUUGAGCGUAAAGAAAGAAGUUGCUUUAAAGGAGUUCUCAGAUAGGAAGGACCGAGCUACAUGAAAAUUUGAGGAUAUGACUGUAGAAUCAAUUAGGUUGGAAAAGGCCUCUAAGAUCACUGAGUCAAACCAUUGCCCAGCACUGCCAAGUCCACCACUAAACUAUGUCCCCAAGUGCCACAUCUACACACCUUUUAAAUACUUUCAGGGAUGGUGACUCAACCUAGGAAUCCUGUUCUAAUGCUUGACCUCCCUUUUGGUGACAAAAUAUUUUCUAAAAUCUGAUCUAAAACUCCCCUGGCGCAACUUGAGGCCAUUUCCUCUUGUCCUAUUGCUUGUUUCUAGGGAGAAGAGACCAAUCCCCUCCUUGCCAUCAUCUCCUUUCAAGGAGUUGUAGAGAGUGAUAAGGUCCCUCCUGAGCCUUCUUUUCUCCAGGCUGAACACCCCCAGCUGCCUCAGCCACCUCUCACGGGACUUGCUCCAGACCCAUCACCAGCUCUGUUGCCUUUCCCUGAGCCCACUCCAGCACUUCCAUGUCCACUUAUCCUUUCAUGCCAGAAGUGGACAUGGCAUUUGAGGCUCAGCCUCGUGCAUGCCAAGUACAUGCCAAUCACUGCCCUGGUCCCGCUGGCCUCACUGUUGCUGACACAGGCCAGGACACCAUUGGCCUUCUUGCUCCCCCAGGCACACGCUGGCUCUCGUUCAGCGGCUGUCAAACCAGCACUCCCAGCUCCUUUUCCACCAGGCAGCUGUCCAGCCUUUCUUCCCCAAGCCUAUAGUGCUGCAGGGGCUGUUGUGAGCCAGGUGCAGGACGCAGCACUUGGCCUUGUUGAAGCUCUUAGAGCAGGCUUAACCCAUUGAUCCAGCCUGUCUGGAUCUCACUGCAGAGCCUUCCUGCCCUCCAGCAGGGCAGCAUCCUACCCAACUUGGUGCUGUGUAGUAUGUUCUGUUUUCCAAGCCCCUGCAAACGUAAUUCUAAGCCAGGUAGGAAGCCCCAUUCCAGUUAAGUGAUUAGAAGUAGCAGUUUCUGUUCUUCCUCAUUUUUACGUGGUAUUGAAUAGUUGAAGCUUCUUGAAUGGCAGCAUCUCCCAGAUGAAGCCCUGCACUUGGGCAUAAGCAAUUUGAAAUGAAGUUAGUUAGCACUGGGAAUUGUUUGUUUGGAUGUUAGCCUCAUGUUUGCUUUUGGCCAUUAAAUUUUAUAUAGCACAGGAUAUUUUAUUUACCCUAGUGAAACCCAUUUCAACGUUUUCAUAAUCAAUUACUUGGUCAGAAUUGUUCUGAGUCAGAAUGCCCUGGCAUUCAAAUGCAUUGUUCUGUGUGUAGUUUGUGGGAAAAGUAUGUAUUACCAAUAUUAACAUCAGGAGAUGGAGAAAUUAGUCCUAAAUUUAACCACCCUGUUGUCCUCAUCCUCCACAGACAAUCCCUCCUAACAGCAUCCCAAACUUCAACUUUAAAUUGUAAAUUAUGACUGCAGAGGAACAAAUACAAAGUUGUAGCUGCUGUGGCUUAAGAACUAUGAUGAAAGCAGUGAAAUUAAAACCAUCAUUCUAACAAGGUAGAAGCUGCUCCCAUUUGAAAUAAAUUCUUAAAUUCUUCAAGGAAAAGAAAAAAAGCAUUAAAAUCGUGAGCAUAAAGCCCUGUGUGUAAGGAAUAAACUGUAACUAAGCAUUCAUUCAUUCAUAAUGCAUGAAUACAUGUGAAUGGCUCUGCUGAAUUAUUUAAGUUUUGCAACUCUUGUGUUCAAGUAAUGCUUGUUUCUCACUUUAAAAGUGAUCACUCUUCUGUGCGAUUUAAAGCAGAUCAAAAGUUAUUUUUGUGGUUUUAUCUGUGUUCAACCAGAACAAGACUUAAUUUUAUCAUUCAUAUUUUUGGAUCAUAGCAAUAUAUUUUUUGAAACGACUUAUUUUUUUCCCCUACCAUGGGAAAAUAGUGUAUAAUGAUAUCUGCAUGUCUGCACCAUUCCUCCAGACCCUCUAAAAAAUCUCUUUUGGUAUCAGGUACUCCUGCUUGGUUGAAGAGCUGCUAUAAAACUUGUAUUAUGUAGUAUUUUCAAAUCCCUUUAUGCUGAGUAGUUUUGUUUAUUCCAAAGUGUAUUUAACUUAUAUGUGCAAAAUAGAUAUUGAGAGUACAAAACAUUCUCUUAUAUUUGGAGUAGAAUAUCAAACCACUUCAAUUGCAUGUAAAUAUAGUAGCACUUUUUUUAUGCAAAACCAUCUCAAAGUGCUUUAUAAAUCUCAAAUAUUCUAACUCCCUUUCAUAGAAAAGUGGAUUUUUAUUUUUAUGUUUUUAAUUAUGGAUGAAGGCAAGGCACUGAUUAAAUAUAGAGUAAAUACACUACCACCUAAGUAAAAUUUAGGUGAGAUUAUAGAGGUAUUCUCCACAGACUUCCAAGUGGAGUCAGAAGGAAAAUACUACAUAUAUUAAAACAAGUGAGAAAGAUGUGGAAACACUUAAUGGAUUGUUUGGGUUCCUCAUCACAUAGCUAGUAUAAAAAAAUCAUCAGCUUUUCAUUUCAAGGAAAGAUUAAAUAAAAUUAAGAGAGGGUAGUUAUCUCUCAUACUGAAGGAAAGACUUUCAGGAAAGAAAUAAACAUUCCGUGUAGAAAGAAUCCUAAGCAAUAACAAAAGGUCUUUCUCCAUAUAGCUGGUACAAACUAGCACGGGUCUGCUGGAGCUAUUAUACCUUCAAUGACCUAAAUUCACAUAGAAUCUGCCUUACGUUAUAUAAGGACACUUGUGGAAGACGAAAACUUCCACCAGUUUGGGAGCUGCUGAGAUACCAUGACUCACCUGGAGUCACAGAGCUCAGGUGAAAUUCAGAUUGAGGUAAUUGAUGUACGGGUGAAUGUAAACAACUGGAAAUAUAUAUCCAAAAGUAAGCUAUUGGAGAGAAAUAAUCUUGUGUCAGAACUGAUUUAUCCUUAAGGUAAAUCCCUUGGUGAAAUGGGCACCAUUCUUAGUCUCUGUGGUGUACUGUGGUUUGAAAUCUGAAAUUAAAUACAUGGGGUAAAUGUUUUUUGCUCUAGUCUGUGGCCCUGUUGGUGUGAGGAAUUUAUCUAGCUGGUUCUGAUCCAUGGGACCCUAGUAUGUUCCUCAGAUAGGAGUUUUAAUCUGCUAGUCAGAUUGUUUCCUAAAUCAUUUUCCUCUAACAGAUCGUAACAUUAAUUUAAUGAUUACAUAUGUGUGUGUAUAUACACAUAUGCAUGUGUGUAUAUGUAUAUAUGUGUAUUUAUAUAUUUGAGACUCUUGUUCAGAUGACUUGUUUUCAAGCAGUAUUUUACAAUCAAAAAAAAAAAAAAAAAAAAUACACUGUGCUGCAUUCAAAAUAGAAUGUAUAAUGACUGUGUUGAGUAUGCUUUCCAGAAAAAGAUGGAGGUAGAUCUGCUAUUGUGGCAUGUUUACUAUUUCAGCCUAUAAAAACAGACAUAAAAGCCUCCACAAACAUGCUAAUUCCAGUGAGGCAUUUCAAUCAGCUUCCUUUGAAACCUCGUGAUUAAAUUUCUUUCCAGAAUAAUGGAAUGGCAUUUUGUUUCACCCCUUCCUCUUCCUAGCACAAGUGAAUGUAGAACAUGUUUUUUCUCAAAAUCCUCAAUCAGAUAUCUUUGAAUAAAACAUGUGUUCAGCCACUGCCUAAUACCAACCUACUUCUGUUUAUAGUUCAUCCUCGUAGAUUCAUUAAGUAUUUAUGGUGGAAACAUUCAGAAAAGAGGGAACAAUAUCAAAGCAUUUUUGCAUUUAUGUGCCCUUCUAUUUUUACGCCAAAUUUUUUGCAUGUAGAGAACAGUUUGCAGAAGAAAUGCUAUUUUUUCUACCAGCAUAUUUUCUGUUCUGCAGCCCUUAAGGCAGAUUAAUACAUCAAUUUUAGUGGGAGCUGAGUCAGCUGUAAUGUUUGACAUCAGAAUUACAAGCUAUACAUGUUAAUUUCCCUUCAUUAUGGAAGCAUUUCUGAUUUUAAUUGCAAAAACAUUUCUUAAAAGAAAUAAGGAUGGAAGAAGUGUAAAUUUGUUUUGGUUUUGCAAUAAAGUUAAUAAUAUUAAAAAGGUGAAAUAUAAAUGCCAUUGUAAGUUGUGCAAAUGUAAGUCGUCAUUUUUAUGGUUAAGAAAUAUAUGAAUGUAAAAAAAUUGAAGAUACUGUACAUAUUUUCUGUAAUAUAUGUAUAUUUGAUCCUAAGGUGGGUGGAA